GCCCCGCGGACGCCAAUGCCCGCCUUUUUCCUGAGGACGCAACACGCAGGCGCGGCCGGACCCGAGCUCCCGCGCCGCACAAUGAGUUGCGCCUGCGCCGGCAAACGCCCCGCCCCUCCUCCUCUGGUCCUCUAUAAAGCCUCGAGCUUCUCCUCGCGAGAGACUUCGUUCUCAUGCUCGCUGCAGGGGUCGGAGGUCAGAGCGAGCGUCUCGCGGGCCGUAGGAGGAAGAUGGCGGUGGAGUCGCGCGUUACCCAGGAGGAAAUUAAGAAGGAGCCGGAGAAACCGAUCGAUCGGGAGAAAGUAUGGGGUCCGGAAAGAGGUGGAGACGUGCCCGCUGCUGCUGCGUGUUUUCACCACCAAUAACGGCCGCCACCACCGAAUGGACGAAUUCUCCCGCGGAAACGUACCGUCCAGCGAACUGCAGAUCUACACUUGGAUGGAUGCAACUUUGAAAGAACUGACUAGUUUAGUAAAAGAAGUCUACCCAGAAGCUAGAAAGAAGGGCACACACUUCAAUUUUGCAAUUGUUUUUACAGAUCCUAAAAGGCCUGGCUAUCGAGUAAAGGAGAUUGGCAGCACCAUGUCUGGGAGGAAGGGGACUGAUGACUCCAUGACCCUGCAGUCGCAGAAGUUCCAAAUAGGAGACUAUCUGGACAUAGCAAUCACCCCUCCAAAUCGGGCACCGCCUCCUUCAGGGCGCAUGAGACCAUAUUAAAUUUUAUUUACUAUGCCUUGAAUUAUUUUUCGUUCAGUUAUGUAAAAUAAACUUUUUCCUCCCCUCGUCA